CGCCGUGGAUGUGCUCGUUUUGUCGACUUACAGUUCGGUAUUUCUGCACGUUUGACUUGUCCAGUGAGAAGAUGCACGAUAAAGAUGCAGUGUUUUGCAUGCUCUAAUUUGCACGUUUUAUUACCAGGAGUCAGUGGACACAAUAAAAAUGGAUGCGUCGGGAGAUUUGUCUCUUUACGAUGCAUCGACCUGCCGCUCUGCUUUCAACAGGAGGCUGUCGGUCUGUGUGAAGGCUCUGUCGCCUGGAAAGAAAAGGCUCUAUGUUCAGUGCAGUUGUGCUGGUGCUUGGCUGCCUGCUGCAGAGGAAGCUAGUGACCACAGAGGGGCAUCGUGGGACCAACCGGCAUGUCUUCUAUGCAGUGCGAAUGGACGGAGGCAUCCGAGCUGCCAGAGCUCUGGCCGCGCAGCACAGACUGGAGUUCAUACAACAGGUUGGCAGCCUGGAGGAUCUGUACACCCUUAAAGACAGCAGGGGGCGCCCUGACAGAGCCACCUUUGAGAGCAGACUCUCCACCGCAGUAGGGGUACAAUGGGUGCAGAGGCAGCACAGUCAUUACAGAGACAAGCGGCUUCCUGUGACAGGACUGGACAACAGAACCACUCACAGUUCCCAGAGGAGAGAGUCCGCGACUGACAGGCAGCCUGAGGAGAAUAAGAGUGACCAGUCCCUCACCUUCAAUGACCCGCUUUGGCCCGUGCAGUGGGAACUGUUUGCGCAGGGCAAGUACGAGAGUGGGCUUGACCUGAAUGUGAUGCCAGUUUGGAGCAACAACAUCACCGGUACUGGAGUAGUGGUCAGCAUCAUUGAUGAUGCGGUGGACAGAAGUGGGUUAGAGCAUACUGGGUGGAAGAAAGAGCUGCAAGCAGGUGUAGAUCACACAAACAAGGACCUGAAGAAAAACUUUGAAGCCCUCGCAAGUUUUGACCUGGCUGCUUCACACGGCCUGUCUCACGAUCCCCUGCCUGUCAGAGAUGAGGAGAAUAGUCACGGUACCCGAUGUGCAGGGGAAGUUGCCAUGGAGGCCAACAACUCCUACUGCGGUGUGGGCAUUGCCUUCAAUGCCAGGAUCGGAGGUAUCCGCUUGUUGGCCGGCUCUGUCACUGAUGCCAUGGAGGCCACAGCUCUGACCUUCAACAUCCACUUCAUCGACAUCUACGUCUGCAGCUGGGGCCCGCGGGACGACGGGGCCGAGAUGGACGGCCCACACAGCCUGACAGCGCAAGCCCUUCAGCUAGGAACUCGCAAGGGCCGAAGAGGGAAGGGCAGCAUCUUUGUGUGGGCGGCAGGUAAUGGUGGAAUGCAGCGUGACCACUGCGGCGCAGACGGCUAUGUUAACUCCAUCUACAUCAUUGCCAUCGCCGCUGUCUCUCAAACAGGGAAGCCCGCCUACUUUAGCGAGCCCUGCCCCGGUGUGAUGGCCGUCACUCUAACAGGGGCCGACGUGGGAGGCCCACUACCUUUGGUCACUGUGACCAACGUCGGUGAGGGCUGUGUCACACACUUUCCAGGAACAUCCAGUGCUGCUCCGAUCGCUGCAGGGAUUCUGGCUCUUAUGUUAGAAGUAAAUCCUGAGCUGACGUGGAGGGAUGUUCAGCAUCUGAUCGCCAGCACAGCAAAGAUCCCCGACCCCAAAGAGCCUGGCUGGAACAUCAACGCAGCAGGAUACCAUGUUCACCAUAGGUAUGGUUUCGGAUUGUUGGAUGCAGGGCUGAUGGUGCAGCAGGCCGCGCACUUCAACACGGUUACACCACAGAGGGAGUGCAUGCAAGAAGUCACACUCCAUCCUACCAGGAUCCUUUCACCAGGAAGAGUGGUCAGUGUGAAUAUCCAAUCAGAUGCCUGCCGUGGGAGGACUAAUGAGAUCAACACUCUGGAGCAUGUUCAGGUGAGAUUGAGCAUCAGCGCCGUGUGUCGCGGUGACCUCUCCAUAAGCCUAGAGUCUCCAGCUGGCACUGUAUCACUGCUGUUGGACACACGUCCCAAUGACGCCUCCACUGCUGGCCUGAAAAACUGGACCCUGAUGACGGUGCACUGCUGGGGAGAGCCGCCACAGGGCCUCUGGACACUUCAGGUGACUGACCACAAAGGCACAGUGUGGAGCAGUACGAGGCCGAGUGACGAGGAGGCAUCCGGAACCUUGCUCAGUGUUACACUCGUGCUGUACGGCACCUACCACCCACACAGGGCCGUGCAUGAGGGACCCCUGCAGAGCAUUGUGUCCAUGGGGUCGCCUCACCCUGUCCCUCACAGGGGGGAGUACCAGAGGGACCGUCUCCAACCUCUGGACCUGAUUCAAUGGGUCUACCAGAUGGAGAAAGACAGGAAGAUGCUGAAGAUUGCUGGAGACUUAGUGUUGGAUCAGCAGAUCCUCAACAAGCCCAUGAAGUCCAGUAUGGCUUUCCAGAAACAUCAGGCAGAUGUUGCACAGAGGUCCUCCACUGGGUCAAGACCUGCUGUAAAGGAGCAUCUUGACACAAAGACCAUCAGGGAGAAUGUGUACGGAGAGAAAAGGUCCUUACCAUCACAGAGUCCCCAGGAUGUCGUCACACUCUUCAGAUCCAGGAGGAGCAGGAAGGCAGGGGAAGGCUGAGGGCGGCGGGCGGGGAACUGAAGAAACAAAUAUGAACCACGGUUAAAUAAAGACUGUUGUUUUCCACAGUGCAGCAAGCCAAUUGAUCGUGAAUCAAUUCCAUGUACAGUACUUUGACUGUGUGGCCUCAGUGUCGGCACCGAUUAUUUAUUGUGGAUUCCUAUCUUGGCUUUAAAAUUCAAUCACUUCACAGAAACACACACAGACAUAUCUUUCCCUAAAAACAAAUAGUCUCAGGAGCAGCUCUGCACUCAUCUGCCUUCGGAUGUUGCGAAGGUUAGUGAAAGAUAUGUUUGUCUUUUUCCACUUCAUUGAAGGGUGAAUUCAGCUCAGCGCAAUAAGAAAUGGAUUACCCAUUCAUUAAAGGGGCUAUGUCACUCCUCAUUGAGUUGGACAAAUAGCAAAUUAAUUUCUAACCGCCUAAUUUCUCUCUGUUCUCCACUGAAUUUCCGAUAACGUCGAAUUACCGAUCACAGCCAUGUGAACUCCCUCAACUUUUUAGCAAUUCAUUAAAAAUGUGCCACAGCGGAGGAAAUUCUCUCUCUUAUUCCUGCAUGCUUCCUUCGCCACCGGAACACUGUACACAAACAGAAAUCAACCCAAGUGUUUAAUUGAAAUGAGGAUAUUAAAAAUACCAGAAACCGUUACAGACUAAAAGUUACUUUGUUGCAAUUUUGGAAUCAGCCAGAAACUUUUUUACCAGUGCAUCUGAAUGUGUAACAGAGAUGUCCGUGUUCCUCAGUCAAGUGCAGGUCUGUAGGUGGUGGUGUUUUGUAAAGUAUAACAGUAGUGUAUUGACAGGGCAGUAUUGAUGUUUCAAUUAGAGCAGCGUUACAUAGUGCCGCAGCAUGGUAACACGGUGCGUCUCCUGCCAUCUGCUCUGCCUCCACGUCUGACGAACGAGGCACGUGGGGCUAAUCGAGCCGCACAUGAGCAAUG